GGCAAUGUCGAAAAGUUUAGAAAUUUUGAUGUUGCUGCAAGCAGAAAAGAAUUUAGAACAAAUAUUAUUGUAACAUAGAUACCACUAUAUAAAAUAUUACGAUAGUCUGGGUGUUUUGGGAUUUUUAGGAUAUUUGGGAUGUUUGGGGUGUUUUGAGAUUUUUACGAUUUUUGGGAUGUUUGGGUGUUUUGGGAUGUUUGGGAUGUUCUUAGGAAGUAGAAUUCUGAAAGCGAGAAUGAUCAAAUGCCAAACGAAAUUCGUCUUUGCCAGGA